UUUUAAAGAAGCAUCGCAAAAACAAGAAGCCACAAGUUAAGAUUAGGUUGUAGCGACGAGUUAAUCUGUGGGCCAUAUACUUUAUCACUCAUGAAUGUCGAGCGCUAGAAGAGAAUAAUUUAUUUAUAUCGGGACAUGCGACCAAAAAUGUUCGCACAGAGUUAAAUGUACGGCCAAGCUUGCACGAGGGAACACAUAACUGAUAGAUGGGGUUAGUGAUUGCAUGCAUAUCCAUACAUUAGGAGAGUUUGUUCCUACCACAGGGAGUGGCGAGCGCUCAAGCUAAGCUGAUUACGAGAAGCAAAGCAAAGACGUCUGUGGACCACAGAAAGAUAGUCAAUUACCUGGAGAAAAUCAGCAAAGACGAGUCAGGCGCCCCUGUCAAAUGGAAGUUUAGCAAGAAAGGAGUUAAGUAUGCUCAGGGAAUAAGUAAGCACAUUACAAAAGGACCCGCCGGUAAAAAGGUAAAGCGACUUCAAGGCCGUCCAAUGAGAACGGACAGCAGAGACGCUAAGAAUGAGGAGAAAGCUGAAAAACCCUCAGUGGUCAAACGGAAAGGAGGCAGAAAAAAGAAAAUUGUUGAAGCGACUGAAACUGACACAAAAGUAGAAGGAACAGACGAUAACGAUGAUGGUGGGUUACAGACAGACAAUCUUAUUAUCAGCAUCAGAAGGGUAGGCUCCGAAUCAGCCAAUCAUGGCACAACGGAGCGGAUUGUCACCAUACAUCCUGUGGACAAUGUCGCAGCACCAGAGGAAACGACUUCGAGAGUCAUUACUGAUACAGCUUCAGAGAUUGCUCCUAAGAAAAAACGUGGAAGACCAAAGAGUAUUCACAAAAUAAUCCAGGAGAAGGUCAAGGCUAGUAGAUUAAAAUUGUCAAGUACAAGAAAUGAUGAAUCUAGCAAAGGAGAACCCAAGAAAAAGUGUGAAGCAUUGCGGAGUCUUGAAAAGGUAGUAGCUGCUAAAAGAGGACGCCCAAGAAAAAAAGUACUUGAAAACACAGAAAAAAGCUCAAAGAAAGAGGAGGAACCCGACUCCAGAGAACAGUCUGUAUCAAGAUUUGAUUCAGAUAUCGAAAGCAUAGAUUCAAACAUCAGUGGUUCAUCAUCCAGACAGAAAUCAAAAAUAAGAAAAACGUACCAAGGAAUAAGAUUAGGGCCAAGGAAAUUGCUUAGAAGUCAAGAUAAUUUGAUAACGAGGAGAAAGAAAGGCACGUUGUCUUCAAUAGCUGCGCCAAAAAUUAAAAGGAAACGUACACUGAGUAGUGAUUUUGAACUUUUAGACGAAGUGUCCUUAAAGCGUAAAAUAAGGAGAGAGGAAUUAGAUGAUAUAAGUCGAGAAUCUUCUAUAGACAGAGACGACGGCAGAUCUAGAUCGGUUCCAAAAGAGGAACAGAUCAUCUUGCCCAAAACAUUAACUGAUGAAAAAACAGAAAAAGAUGAAAGCUCUAAACAACCUGAGACAUCAUCUGGAAAGAAAGUGGUUGACAAAGAUUUGACAAAGGAAAACACAGAGCAUGUUGAAAAGAAAACAAAUGGAUCUAGAACUAUGGGCCCUAAAUGUAAACGACGAGGGAGACCUCCGAAGAACUCAAACAUUGUAAAAGAAGAAUAUGGGGGGAAUGCAAAAGUGGAGGGCGAUAAAAAAACACUUCUAAAAAAGCAAAGUUUAAUGGAAAGAAGUAUUCCAAAAUUGUCAAAAAUUGAGAAAGAAGAUGACAUGAGAUCCACAAAUCUCAGUCUAAAGAAUCCAAGUUUCAUAGAAAUUGCAAGUGAUGAAAGUGCAGCAACAUUCACAAACACUCGUAGUGUCUUUACUUUUGGAACUCUAAAGAUAAUUGGACCAGGUGGUGUUAAAUUGAAGGGAAAUUCUCCUUUCAAGCAAGUGAUCGAUUCUCCAAACGAAAAUUCACAUAUAAUUUAUGAAAAACGUGACAAAAAGGAGAAACUUGCUUGUGUUGAUACGAAAAAUGGGGCAUCUACAGAGACAAGUAAACAAGAAAUCGUGUUAGAAAAUAAAGAAUCCAUAAUAGAAGACGAUGCCGCUAAUCGUGAUAAACUGAAUGACGCUGAAAAACCCGUUAUACCAACUGAAAACAAUGACGAUAGCAAAAUAGAAAAGAAAGAUAGCAAGUCUGUAGAUUCAUUUGCUUCUGAAAUAAACAGUGUUGAUACAAAGCAAGCAAGAGGACCAAAAGAAGAUUCAGAUUUGAUAAAUGAGCAGGUUACUGAAAAUCGUAAAGAUCUAGAUGAAGACACACCAAACUCACCAGCAGAGCUAAAAGCAACUGAAGACAAUCUAUUAAUGAAAACAAAGGAUAUUUUGACGAAUGAAAAGAGUAACAUUGAAAAAGAAGUUGGCACCUUGAAUGAUUUUCCGAUGGAUGAUGAUCAUUCAACAACAUCUGCAAGCGAAAUCGCUAGAGAGAUCAAUGUUAGUGAAUCCGAAUGUCUCCGAUCUUCUACACAAAUGGCUGCUGAAGAUAACAGCACUGUAGGAAAAGGCACCGAAAAUGAUGCGCAAGCUGAAAGUCAAAUUGAGGAAGAAAAAGUAAUAAAUGCAGACGUACACUCAUUAGUAUCAGAAAACUUGGAUGAAAAAACUUCAGUUCCAAGUAAGGACGAUAUUGAGAUUGAAGAAGAAGUAACAAGUAAAGAUUCUGUUGAAAGUCACAUAAAACAACUUAUUCCGCUAGAGGAUAACAUAAAAAGACAUGUCGAAACUACAUCGGAAAAUCAAGUUUUUGAAAAUAAUUUUACUGAAAAGACUGAAAAUCAAGAAAAGCAGGGAAACGAAACAGUGGAGAAAAAGGAAAAUUUGAAGGUGGCAGGUAGUGAAAAUAACGCCGAGAAUGGUGAACAAAACGUUGCAAACAUAGCUCUUCAAAAUACAAUCCAUGAAGAAAAUGAAAAUGAAUUGAAGGAUCAUUCAGAAGUGGUUGAAAACGCAGAAAUCGUUACAGAACCAAACACCUCUACCGUGGAAGAAGAGGAUAAAAAUAAAAUGUCUGAAAAUGAAAGCAACGAUUUGGAUGUCUCAAGAACAAGCGAUUUAGCAACAGUUCGCCUAACAGAGUCAUUGAGGAGCGAGAGCAAGGAUUCUAAGACAGAGGAUGAAAAAACUGAAUGCCUUGAAACAUCUGAAACGCCACUAGAGGAAACUGAAAUUCCUGGACAUUAUUUUAGAAAUAUCGAAAAGGAAUCUGAAAUUUUGGAUCAAGAACAGAAUCUUCUGCAUAAAGACGAGACCGAGACUUCAGACAAAAUGAAUCUUGAUAGUUCAUUCGAUGACAAGCCAGACCCGAAUAUUGAGAAGGAUGAGAACUCAAGUUCCUCAGAUCUUAGUCUUAAUAACAGCGGGAGCUUUACCUCACUAAAGGAUGAUUAUUCGAAACUAACAGAAGAAUCAAGCCCUGAACAAGCUGAAAAGACAUGGAAACGGAAAGGAAAUAAAAAAGUUUCACCUACCCAAAGAGUAUUUCAACUACGUCAGAAAGCAUCAAGAUCACCACUUGAAAUAAUUGCGAUGAGACAAAGUAAAGAGGAGAGAGAAUACUUGCUGGAACAAUCUCAAAAAGCAUUUAAAAGGGAAGAGAAACAAAGACGAAUGAGAACAAAGCAACAACGGCUUGAACACAAUUUUGAUCAAGGUAACCCAUUAGAUGCUGAUCUGAAAGAUGCAUCCGAUACAGAUGAAAAGAUGACUGCAAGUGGCCAAGCAGACAUUUCUGUUGAAGAAAGUACACACAGCAAUGAUGCAGACAAGCAUACAAACAUUGAAGAUCUGGAGCAUCAAUGCAAGCCUUGUAAGGUUAUUCUUAUCGAUUUUAUGAGGUAUUUGAAUGUGACCGAAAAGUUAGACCCUGAUGCUGAUGAUCUACAAGGCGAAAAAUCGCCAGUUCCAGAAGAUAUCGCUUCCCAAUCUUUAGAGACAGCAGCAGAAGAAAACGAACAAAAAGAUGACGAAACCAAAGAAGCAGCCAAGGAAACUGAAACAAAGAAAAAGCGCAGGCCAUCAGCUCGUAAACAAGCUACAGGCUAUAUCUUUAAUAGAAAACUUACUGCAGAAAUCGUUCGUUAUCCUGAGGACGAACGAACACCGCAAUCAGAUUUUGUUGUACCCCCUCUAAGACUGAAAAUAAAACAAAACCUUAUUUAUGAACCAAAGAAAAAACUGAAACCUGGUCGUCCAGCAAAGAGAAAAGCUAGAAAAAGUAUGAGUCCUAGAAAACGAGCGAACAAUGCAAGUUACCGCCGACCAAUCCUUUCCUCGGAAAGCCAAACCAUUCAGAACAACACCGAUUCUACUCAAUUCGACUUACAAAGUUCUGGGGACGUUAAUGAUUCGGAAAUGUGUGAAUGUAUCUAUAAUCAAUGUGGAUUCCAAUCAGAUCGUAAAAAUAUUGAGAAGCAUAUUUAUCGUCAUCUUAAAGGCACAAAAAUGACAUGUCUGAAAUGCAGAAUGACUUUCAAGAACAGUAGUACAGCAUACGCACAUUCGGGAAAAGAACAUCCAAAUGAAGAGGUACUGAUAGAACCUGCUGAAAAAUGUGACAUCAAACAGUAUUACAAGGUACAUUUACCUGCGAUUACAUCCGCUACAAAUCAAAUAAUUCCGCAAGUUGAACAGUCCCCUGAAGGAGUCAUAAUUAAAGUUGUGCUCCCAGGCAGUCGCCAUGGAAAAGGUUGUUACUGUUGCAGCUACUGUGAUUUCUCGUCAUCAUUGCAGCAAGAUAUUCUUGAUCACAUCAAUGAAAAUCACAGACCAGAUAUUCAAUAUACCUGUUCAAUUUGUGAACAGCGAUUUAUUGGAAGCAAGGACGGUAUCGCUGAGCAUUUCAAAACCGAACAUCCAAACGAUCCAAUUUCCUUCAAAUCUAUGCCUGAUUUUUAUGAUGCAAGUAAAGGUGUGGAACAAAGUCUAUCUCUGGGGUCAACUGAUAAAGGAAAUAUAUUUGAGAAAUUUUCGGACAUGUUUCCUCGUGACAAACAAAAUAUCGACCGGUUCUCAAAAGCGGAUAGGACACGGUGGCUAGAAAAAACGUCGGCGGAAGCUGACAGCACGACAGCGGAACACGAUGAUUUACAUAAAGGGUCAGAUGAAAGCCAGAAAGGAAGCAAAGAAAGUGAAGUGCCUACCCACGCUAGUGACUUGGAACCAGUGGAAGACGGAAUCGAAGCUUUGGCAAAAGAAUAUGGAAAAGAAACUACUGAGGAGAGAAUUGGAAAUGAGGAUCAAACUACAGGCGAUAAAAGUGCCGGUACAGACAUCGAAGAGUCAAAUGAUAUGGGCUUGAAGAUCGUGGAUGUUGUGAGUUUGCGAGAUCAAUCAAACAUUGAUUGGCCUGAAACUCCUCCAUCUUUACCACUGUCGCAAACAGUUACUGGAAACUAUCCUUUUGCGCAGAUGCAAACAUUAAAUCAUCAAAGUAUUGCUCAAAGCAAUGUUAGUAUUGUGUCUGCCUUAAGUACGCCCCGACAAUAUCCACACAACUUCACGCAAAACCUGCAACAAAGACAUGGUUUAGGUCCUCAAGCAAUUUUACCUCAGAGAAAUCAAACGCCUUCAUCCCAGUCAUCUAUGCCAAGAAAGAAGAGUGAUGGAAAAACUUGCACGACAUACAAAUGUGAAAAGUGUAAUGUACAUGCACCAGUUCUAGCUACUAUGGUGGAGCAUUUACGUCUUAGCCAUAAAGAUAUUGAAAAACUUUUCUUAUGCCCGUACUGCAGACAGUAUGAAGGAGCGACAGAACCAGACAUACAUCGACACAUUAAACAGUUCCACAAUCAAACGAUGCAACAAAAGAGUCCACCCGUUGCUUUAUCUAGCGCUGCAAAACAACAUCUUAGAACAAUUCAAGUUGCAUUAGGAGAUGGUUAUACAUCAACAGAGAAAGUAGUAAUGGAAAAAGAUAUUUAUAAAUGCCUAAAAUGCAAUGGCCAUAUGCCUUCACUUGAUUUUAUUUAUUCGCAUCUAGAAAAGCAGCACAACGAGUUUUUCGUUAAUGCAUGUCCUGAAUGCAAAAGGUUUAGGCAUAAAGAUGAGCAGGUUGUGUUUCAACACAUAAGAGAUGUUCACGGAAAAAGCACAGAAAAUAUUACCCUUUCUGUGGCCAUUGAAGAAAAUCUUUUCACAAGAGUGCAAUGUUUGACAAAAGGGAAAGUAGUACCGUCAAGGCCACAGUCGACAAAUGUCCCAGUUCAAAGUGCUAAUGUUUCAAAAACAACUUCUUUACCACCCGAUCAUUUCCAAAACCAAUUUCCACAUUAUUCCGUUGGCAGAUCAAACAUCCCACCUGUCUCAUUUAUUCGGUCUUCUGUCCCGGCUUCAACAUCAGUUGUGUCUAGUCCUCAGCAAACACCAUUUCCAAGUAAAUCAUCACUGCGCAAAUCACGGCCUGUACACAGGGAUUCCCCUCGUUUAUAUUCAUCAAGAGUAGAUGCAGAUAUCAAUCAACCAGGACCUGGUAAUGCUUCGGAACCCCCUCCCCUGAUGAGAGCUCCCCCUCCUCUCAUUAAAUUUCAGCAAACGCAGUUUGGAAAGUCAUUACAUCCCUCACAGGAUAUUCGAACUCAAUCUCCCCAAGGUGAUACAUCAGUCCGUGGCACGUCCUUUGGAAUGACAGAUCGAUUACAAAGGUUACAUAGUCCAAACUCGAGUAGAAUUGGCUCUCCGUUACCACCAGCUGCCAGUUCCCCGCCCAUUACUAGUCGUCCCGUAUUGAAGAUUCCAAAUGUUCGUCAUAGUUUGUCUUCUACCAUUUCCUCCCCACCUCCGCCAUAUUCGGUUGCUGUAAACGCCCGAGGUCAUACAGCAAAUGUUCUUGAUUUGUCACGCCAAAUGGCUAAUCCUGGUAUCAGAUCGACAAGUAGAACUACUCCCGACGGCGAAGACGUCUCUCCUGACGCAUUCCAGAUAUUUAACAUUAGACCAGGUACUCCACAGUCCGACCCAAACAUUAACAAAUAUAACCAGUUUCAGGUGAGACCAACUAGUGCUCUAAAUCCAAGAAUGCUUGUUGGUAUGCAAUCAAGUCCAAGAAUGCAGGCGCUCAGUCAGCGUCUACAAACUGUAAAAGGAAUUAUUCCACAGAGACAGUUUUUACCUAGACAAGGAUUUGCUUCGCCAAACGUAGUUGUGGGUGAUAACAAUUUGCCAAUAGAGGGUAGAAUUUUCAAAUGUCCCUAUUGUCCACAAAUAAUUCCCUUAUUGAUUUCUGAAGUCGCUGGACAUAUUGAGCAGAAACAUCCUGGUUCUUCUAUCGUUUUCCAUAGAAUAUAAAUGUAUAAAAACUCUGCAGUGUCAGAUUGUGAAAUGGAUAUUGAAUUUAAAUUAAACGUUUUCAGAGACUUGACGUUUUUAGCGAUUUUUCCUUUUUGUCGGAAGGAAAUAUGCUUUAAGAGUAUUGUUCUGUAAUGUUAACAUUUUAUUUAAAAGAAUGAAUUUUGCAAAUUAUGUAUUGUCGUGGUUUUUUGUGUAUGUAAAAUCCCUCAUGAAAUUGUAUAGGGCGUAUUGAGUGAUGAUGCCCUUUGUAAGGUAUAAUGAAUCCAUAUCUGUAUGCAUUUGUUUUCAGUGGUAGGUGGGUUUGGUUAGGAGGACAGUACAUGUAGCUAUUGGUACUGAAGAAUUCAGGAAAUGUUUUAAUGAUCUCCAUUGUCAUGUGUUCACUUAAGUUAUUGAUGUAAGAUACAAAUGUAGGCACCUUAAGUUAUAUUAAAAAUUUAAAAUCAAAUUUUAAGACCAAAAUUAGAUUUAUUAAUAAAGUUUAAUAAGAUAAAUUGAUUUACUUAUCUCUGAAUGAAUUUGUAUCCUGAUAAUUGUCCAAUUAAUUUUUCACUUAUUUUCGUGUGUAUGUGUAAGGUGUAUUAACUAUUAUGCAAUUGAACCCAGAAUUGCAUAUUAAAAGAAUUAUCAGUGGCAUUAUUUAUUUUCUCCAUUUCAUCCAGUGGACCACUUCUUUAUUCAUUAUUUGUACAUACUGUGCGUGUAACAUAUUUUCACUACUUUAUUGUUUUUCAUUUUAAUAACAUAAUUUUCAAAGAAUAAAAUUGUUAAAAGUUUC